AUGUCGAGUCCUUCUAAUUCUCAUAGACCGCGGAAACGGCGGAAAGAACUGGCUCGGAGUCUCACUAUCACGGAUAUCGUCAAACUCGACCCGCGGGACAAUGCUAUCACCCCGGAGUUUCCCCUGGUUGCCUUCUUGUGGCCUUCAAGGGGAACUACUUCUCAAUGGAUCCUUUUGCCAUUGAUCUUGAUGGUUGUGGCCAUUUUUCGCUGGAGCGUGGGUCUUUGGGGAUACUCCGGGUACCAGCAACCUCCUAUGCAUGGCGAUUUGGAGGCCCAGAGACAUUGGAUGGAAGCUACAACACACUUACCAGCCUUUCAGUGGUACUUUUACGAUCUUCAGUACUGGGGUCUUGACUACCCUCCGUUGACUGCGUAUCAUAGCUGGCUGUGUGGCAAGGUGGGCUCGCUGUUUCGCCAGGACUGGUUUGCGCUGGACACGUCCCGCGGUCUGGAAGACCCAGAUCUCAAAGUUUUCAUGCGUGCCACGGUUAUCGUCUCCGAAUAUCUCGUCUACAUCCCGGCCCUGAUCAUCUUCCUCCGGCACUACAGCAGGGCACAAGGCACAGGCACGACCUCUACUGCAAUUGCCCUUGUGGCCAUUCUCAUGCAACCUGCCACCCUUCUAAUUGACCAUGGCCACUUCCAGUACAACACUGUCAUGCUCGGCUUUGUCGUUGCUACUUUGUCGAGUCUUUAUGCCGGCAGGCCCCUGUGGUCAUGCCUCUUUUUCGUCGCCGCCCUUGGAUUCAAGCAAAUGGCACUCUACUACUCGCCAAUUGUUUUUGCCUAUCUUCUAGGCUCUUGUCUUACUCCAAAGGUCCGCCUGGGCCGACUGCUAUCAAUCGCGGCGGUUACAGUGCUUGCAUUCACGGUCCUGUUCGCGCCGUUGCUGAUCGGAUCUGUCUUUGACAGUUACACAACAUCAGACCUGCCAGCCCUGCCACCACCACCGUUCCUUGCAGAAAGACAGGUCAGACUAGACCCCAACUCCCCCAUUGAGAUGGUCGUCCUCCAGAUCAGUCAAGUCAUCCAUCGAAUGUUCCCUUUUGCGCGUGGACUUUUCGAGGACAAGGUCGCCAAUUUCUGGUGCUUCGCCAAUACAUUUUACAAACUUGGCAAGCUUCAAGCAUUUGUUGACCUCCCACGACUCUCCGCCAUAUUCACCCUGGUCUCGAUCCUUGGGCCCACACUUAUUAUCGCCGCUGUUCCCAAGAAGGCUUUGCUUCCAUAUGCGUUGGCCACGUCAGCAUGGGGAUUCUUCCUGUUUUCUUUUCAGGUCCACGAAAAGUCCGUGUUACUACCACUACUGCCCAUGACCUUGCUGCUUGGAAGCAAGCAAGGCCUGAGCAAAGAAUACCGCGCUUGGAUCGGCUGGGCCAAUCUCGUGGGCGUUUGGACGAUGUUUCCUCUCUUGAAGCGAGAUGGACUGCAAACGCCGUACGUCGUCAUAUCUCUCCUGUGGUCCUAUCUCUUAGGCCUCCCUCCCACGAGUGUCGAUGCAUACUACGACCCUGAUCACGAAAAUGUCCCCGGCCGGCCUCUCGCGCCCGAUGACUUGCGGACGCCCACCAAAAUCCUACAUUUUCAAACUUACAUCGUCAUGGCGUUUUGGCAUCUGCUCGCAGCCUUUGCAACACCUCCAGAUGACAAGCCCGAUCUAUGGGUUGUUUCCAACUCCUGCAUUGGGGCGCUCUGCUUCGGAAUUUGUUAUCUGUGGUGUUUCUGGAAAUUGCUUUCCGAGAGCGGCCUGAUUGACGGGUAUUCAGGGCGGUCGGACGCGCACGAAGGCUCCCCAGUUGCGACUGACAGACUGACCGCCGACUCAGAGAUAAAAGAAAAAUAG